CUUCACCAUUCUGCAAAUGGUUAGAAGCUAAAAUACUGGCGGAAUCGAGAGGCAUGUGCGUGCUGAACAUUCAGAAAUUAUAAAAGUUUUGCUGCCUCGCUCCUAUUCGCUAGGUUUUAGGACGUUUCUUUAAACUUCAGCUGUCGUUCAGUCCUAACUCUCACUGACAAUCUAUGAAUUUAAACAGUUAAAGUCACCAGAAGUUACAAAUUUUCUGGGGGAAAAAAAAAAAAAAAGAUAUUAUCUACCAAUCAGUGAAUGAGUCUUUCAUAAGAUACUCAUAAAUUAGCUAGAUAUGGCAGACGUUAGCAAAAUUUCCCUGUCAAGGGUCCAGAUCGCAUCAAAAUAUUUACGACAGCACCAAAAGCAGCAUUCGCCUCAAUGGAAUGUAUUUACUUGUGCUCCAGGAAUGAUAUUGAUGAAUGAAGACCGAAUUUAUCUCAUUAAACCCGUGAUAUUUUUAACCUAAUUAAAUGACGUCUCCAGUUCAAUUGAUUGAACUUUAGUGGUUAAAAGUGAACUCUUUCUUGCCAUCUGUAUGAUUUUACAUACAUACGUGUACGGAUUUAUAAAUACAAGUUGGCGUUUGCGUCUGUGCACGCACAUGUAUGCACACGUAUAUAUUGAGGCUUGAAAGUGAAUGAGAAGUUACUGAUUGCCUAAUUUUAUUCAGCAGAACUAAAUUCUGGUAACUUUUGGAUGACCUCUGCCAGACAAAGACAGGACAGAUCUAUUGUACAUCAUAUUACCCUCUUUGAUGGCUUUUCUUUUCCUCGCCUGCUUAUCAGUUGCUUCCCUUUUAACCCCGCUUCAGCUCAUCGCUCUGCAUAUUCCUUUCGAUUCUUUUUCUUAUUUUAUUUCAAGCGAGGUGCCAAGCCCCGGUGGCGAUGCCGGCUGGCGGAUCUUUGGGCAGGGCAGCGCUCCCCGGGGCUGGGGGAAGGCGGCUCAGACAAAAGGCUGUGGGCAGGGCAGCGGCCCCGGGGUACCCCCACACCUCCGGUACCUGGUUUGCGGGUGCGGCCCGCCGGAGAGGGGGGUCACUGCCUCGGAGGGAUGUUAUUGAGCCGAAUGGCUGGAAAUGCGGGGAAAUGCGGCGGUGGGCGCCCGGCUCCCCAUUGGCCGGGCCGGUCACAUGCCCGCCUAACUUUAUUCAGUUGACAGCAAGUAGGAGGGCUCUAUGGCAGGGGAAAAAAAGACAACACGAGAAAAAUUAGUAUUUUCUACCUUCAGAAAUUAAUGGCCAUGAGUUCGUAUAUGGUGAACUCUAAGUAUGUGGAUCCCAAAUUUCCUCCUUGCGAGGAAUAUUUGCAGAAUAGCUACUUAGGCGAGCAGGAGGCCGAGUACUACAGUGCCUCGCAGGGCUCUGAUUUCCAGCACCAGGGACUCUACCCACGGUCAAACUACAGCGAGCAGCCCUUUAGCUGUAGCAAUGCCCAGGGCUCUGCCGGGCAGCCGCGGGGUCACGGACAGGAGCAAUCCGGCCCGGCGAGCCACUUCCCCGGCCCGGCAGAGCAUUGUCCACCGCCUCCAAUGCCCAACCCGCGAGCCUGCAGCCAGCAGCCGGCCCUCAAACCCCCAAACGGCUCCGCACUUAAGCAGCCGGCAGUAGUUUAUCCCUGGAUGAAGAAAGUCCAUGUUAACUCGGUGAAUCCCAAUUACAACGGAGGGGAACCUAAACGCUCCCGCACAGCUUACACCAGACAGCAAGUCCUAGAACUGGAAAAAGAAUUUCAUUUUAACAGGUACCUGACCAGGCGCCGCCGUAUCGAGAUAGCCCACACUUUGUGUCUCUCUGAGCGCCAGAUCAAGAUCUGGUUUCAGAACAGAAGAAUGAAGUGGAAAAAAGAUCACAAACUGCCCAACACGAAGGGCAGAUCUUCUUCCUCUGGUUCAAACCCCCAUUUACAAACUGGUUCCAAGGACCAUCAGACUGACUUGACAACUUUGUAGAAGAGGUUAAAUUUUCCAUUUCAUCCUUCGCUUCUGACCAGUACUGUACAUAACUGACACUGCCCAAGCAGAACCUGCAUGUAGCAGCUAAGGACACGAGAAAUUGUCAUCUUUCUUUAAGGUACUGUUGUACAAAGGAGACAAAAUGACGCUGCUGUGGACUUUAUUUUAUUUGCCUCUGCUAGCACAACCUAAAAAAGGAAAACAAAAGAAAAAAAAAAAAAAAAGGGAAAGAAAGAGAGAAGGAAAAACAAACAAACAAAUCAUGGUGCAGGCAGUGGGAAUUGGGAAAAUAUUAAAUGAGACCUUCUGUCCUUAAAAAAUAAUAAAUCAUUGAAAAUGAAACUGUCCUGUGUUUCAGUUUUGAAUUCUAAAGUGAAGAUUGGAUGCUUUAUUCUGGGAUUUAUACUUUUAAUUGUCUUUCUAUCCCAUGUAAUUUCGGGAGGAUGCAUUUUGGGCAAGUUGAGGACAGGAAAAUCAUAGCAUAGUCUUAUAUUCGAACAUAAAGACUAGUAAUUGUGAACUUUCUUUUUUUGUUUUUUGUUUUUUUUGGUUCUUUUUUGUGCUGCUUUACCUUUCUCGGUGUAAUGAAAAUUCUUGCUCAUUUCCAUAACGUCUCAGAAAGUGUGCAUAGAAAUGAAGCGAAAACGGGUUAUUUUGUGUUCUGGUAAUGUUCGUGUAUUUAUUUAUUUGUUACAUGGAAGAAUGAAGACAAAAAGAAAAAUAGUCAAACCAAAAACGAAGAAGGGGAGCUGAAAUGUAGUAUUUUUCCUUCCCAGUCUCAUGAACACAUAUGUAAUGUUUACUUGUCUUGAACGUACACAACUUUUCCCCCGGUUGUUGUUUUUUU